AUGGCGCUCAACCCUUCAAAGAUCAGCUUCUGCUCUGCCGAACUCAAGACUACAGAAGAGGAGUUCAUUGAGAAUCUAACAGCGGGCCGAGUCAAGACAUACUUCGACUGGCUUGAGAACACCCAUCGGAACAGCAUCAAGGCAGCAUCAGCCUUUGACAGUUACUGGCGGCUUCUGAAGACCUUGUAUGUGGAGCACACUGGUCAUGGCAUGGAUGAUGGGAUGGCGCAGGAUUGUCUGAAUUAUAAGAACGUCGUCAUUAAGAGAUGGGGUCUCCGGCGACGACCGAAGAGGAAGCCGUCCGGCACCAAGGACGAUGUGUACCGCAUCCUCCAUGCCCAUUGGACGCGGUGCACGAAAGCGUACGCUGAUGAGAAACAGCGACUCUAUGUUGCUGCAGGUAUCCUCCUAUCUUUCAUCUCCGGUGGCAGGUUGGUCUCGCUGUUCGACACCCGGAUCAAAACAAGAGAUGAGAAAGCCGAAGACGGACUGUCAAAGGGAGCGUCACACACAGUCAGUGAGGGCCCAAAGUGCAGCACUAACCGUCGCCAUCAACGCCCCCGAGGGACCGGGUGCCCUAACCUCUACUCGAAGGCGAGAUCCCAGAUCAGCCAACACAAUAACCGACGCAUAGCACCAGAGAAAUGCAAGAGAGUUCAUUCCAACAACAAUGAGGAAUAUCGUGACACAAAGAAGACACGAAUCAUGGCUCCUCGAAGAAGCUGUCGCUCCGCGGGAGAAUUGUCCUACAGCAAAUACAGGAUGCGCGGUGAAGACAUUGUGUAUGAUGCCCAGGAUAGUGACCUGGAUUGCCAUAUGAGCGACAACACAGACUUCGACUCAGGGUAUGUUGAUGAAGAAAGUAACAGCCCUCACAGCAAUUCCGGGGAACCCAUCUUUGGUGAGUGCAUGCGAGAAACCGAUGCCGACACUGAGUCGAGUGUAGAGUCAGUGGAAAGCGGCUCCACCAGCUGUAUGUCCACCGACAAUGACAUCAGUGAACUUGGCCGCUUCAUAGACAAUGUGACGGAUGACGAGUAUGAUGCAGGUCCUGAGGAGACUGGAGCUCUUGUCUGGCGGCAUAUUGAAUUCCACAUCAUUCGGAGCCCCUUGGCCGGCCGGCCAAACAUUCUCCUGGCUAAGGUUACACUCCUCCACACGAAGGGUGAAGACAAAAAGCCGCGAGUGAAAACAUUUGUCAUCAGCCACAAUCCGGAGCCGCUCCUGGACCUUCUUGGGCACUUUCUCUCCAUGGCAAUAAAUGACGAGAUCUUCGCGCCCGAAUUUGAAAAGCUCGAAGAUAUCUACUGGUAUCCCAUCCCAUUGCACCUAGGUGGUAUGAACCUAAAGAUCAAGGCAGAGAUGCUGGACGUGCCGGUGUUCCGCCAGCCCGAACGCACAGGGAGUGGAUACCGAACAUCAGAGAGGACACCUCUCAAAGGAUCUACAUGGAGUGGCUACCUCAAACACCUUGGCCUAAUGGCUGGGCUCAAAUAUGGUCUGACUCAGUAUGUCUGGCGACGCUCUCUCAUCAACACCAUCAACAACAAAGCUCCGUCCUCUGUUCGGGAUCAAGUCGCUGACCAUGAAUCCAACGCGGUACGGUACUAUCUGGACACGGUCAUCCGCUUUGAUCUGGAAGCCGCGGCCAUGGAACUUCCAUCCAAUGAAGUGGUCCAGAAAGCAGCCCAUGGGCUGUUCUUGAACGCCGACGCCACUGCCCCCACGGAACUUACCGACGAGCUGAAAAGAAAGAUCACGGAGAAUCCAAAGAUCAGAGAGCUUACCGAACGUAGUAAAGAGCUGACUCGGAAGCUGAGGGCGAUGGGAUUCCGUUCCGUGCCGGCAGCACAGGGCAAAACUCUGCUGUAUGAGGAGAAGAUGAAGGUGGUUUCCCGGUUAAACCGCAACAAAGUUUACCUUCACUCAAAGCUUAUCGAGCGGCAGAGGCGGUGGCACUUCCGGCAUGCUGAUACAGAACGAUUCAACCAGCAACUCCGCAACGGCGCGGGUGGUGAGUCUCUGGAUGAGUGUCCAGCCCCGCCACCACUUCAGAUCUCGGAACGGAGACGGGUCGUUGAACUGACAUGCGCUGGCACUCAGGAACUGACUGAGGAUGAGCAGUUCGCGCGCCGGUGUGCGUGCAUCAUCAUCUGGUUCAAGCUGCAGCGUCGGAAGGAGGUUCAGCGUCGGGGCCGUCACAAAAAACAGCAGCCGUCCCAGCGAGAUUUCCAACCUGACCCUCCCCUAGACACCGUGCGGGCGAAAGAAUCCAUUCCGGCGAAGCUGGGCGAAAAGCAGUGCCCAUUCUGCGUCGCUGAUAUCUCAUUGCCUUGGGGGGAGCGGAUGAAGGUCUGGGAGCGCACGAACAAGUUCUGGAACCAUAUCGAGAGCGUCCACCGCGAGGAGUUGAAGGCGUACUCCUCCGGACAAAAGCACUGCGGGAUCUGCAAAGUACAGGGCGUCACCUUCACUCCACCAUCCAUCAUGGAAUUCAAGAGUCAUACUCUGAGCGUACACGGUCCCCGUCUGCGCCCAUGA